UAAGACAAAAGCUCUCUGUGCUCUGCAGGCUGAUCAGACCCACAUCGCUGCUGUCCUCAGUCUCACAGGAACUACAGGACUCUGCUGGAAUUUCCAGGACUUUCAGGACUCUCCGGAACUAUCCAGGACUAUCCAGGACCCUCCAGGAACAUGGACCCAAAGCGUCUCUCCUCGAGCUCUCAGCAGCAGGUUUAUCUGAGAAAAAAGGUAAAUAAAAGAUUCUGAUAAAAGAUUUGUGGUUUUACGUGUCAACAGUGAAUGCCUCGUCUUCAUUAAAGCUGCUGGACUGUGAGACAGUGAUGGACGUGAUGUUCUUAAUGCUCCUCUGUGCUGCAGGACACAUCUGACAUUCAGACGUUCAUAAAAAAAGAUUAAACACAUUACAGCCUUAAAUACCACAAACAUAUGAACACAUCAGUAACAUAAAAUAACACAGUGUGCACCAUGAAUACUUUAUUUUGACCCAUACUUUUCACUCCUUCUGUACAUUUAUUUAAGGCAAGACUUUUUCUUGUAACAGAGAAUUUCCACACUGUGGUGUCGUUACUUUUAAUAAAGGAAAUGAUUUUAACACUUUAUAAUUCUGAUCUUCUUUAAUCAAGUCUGAUUUGUCAGUGGUGGAAGACGUCCUGUGAUCCUGUAGAAGUAGAAGUUCAACAAUGUGAAAACGCUGCAUCACAACUAACAAGUACAAGAGUAUCAGAAUAUUUGUUAAAAUGUAAAUAUAUUUAUAACCAAUAAAUAUCAGCUGUGACUUUGAAAACAUUUCACUACAGGUGUAAAAAUUAUAAUAAUUAUACAUUUAAUGUAACACAGGAACUCAAUAACAUCAACAUGCUGAAUAUUUAAAAUAUUAGAAUAAAACUAGAAACAAAUAAAAAACAUAAAUCUACAAGUAAACAAAUAAAACCGCAAGUAGAUAGAAGAACACAUCAAUGAAACUACAAGUUAAUUAAAGAACACAAAUAAGGAUACAAAUAAAUAGAAGAACACAAAACUAAUAAGCAAAUAAAAGACAUUAAUAUAACCACAAACAACUAAAACAAUGCAUAAAUAAAACUACAAAUAAACAAAAGAACACAUCAAUGAAACUACAAAUUAAUAAAAGAACACAAAUAAAACUACAAACAAAUGAAAAGACAUAAACAUAACAACAAACAACUGAAACAAUGCAUAGGCCUAAAUAAAACUACAAGUAGAUAAAAGAAAACAGAAGCUACAAAUAAACAGAAGAACAUGUAAAUAAAACUACAAAUUAAUACAAAAAUACAAUUAAAAACACCAAUAAAUGAAAGACAUAAAUAAAACUACAAAUAAAUAGAAGAAAACUACAAAAACUAAAUCUACAACCCAACCCGUUGUUAAUUGUUUGUCUUUGAGGUGGAAACAGCGCCACCCUGCCGUCAGCCUCCACUCAGUGGUCACUCCGGGUAUUACACCGGCAGCUCCGCCGGUAAAACGGUUUGUUGUUCAGCUUCUCCGCUCCGGCACGAGCACGAAUUGCGCAUGCGCAAUGAGAUGAAUGGCCGCUGCACCUGACGGCCCACCAGGAAGUGUGGCGGAGAAAUCCUCGGCCGUUAAUCCCAGCUCGGUACGGUAACCGGAGGAGGCACCGACAGUAGCAUGCUCAGCGGGCCGGACCGCUCCGUCUGACCGUCGGGACCGUCUCCGCUCCGGACUCGGCCUCCGGGAUCGCGCCGCUGCGCAGUGAGUGCAUGCAGGCAGAGCGCGCGGGGCUGUCCGUCUCUUCCCCCGCCUGUCGGUUUCCAGACCCCGCUGCUGCUGAGCUGAAGCUCCGUGAAGCUCCGUGAGGCUCCGUGAGGCUCCGUGAGGCUCCGGGCACGUCCACCCUGACUGCAAUGGGAUGCUGCGGUAGCACGGAGAGGACAAAGAGAGAAUGGAGACCACUGGAGGACCGGAGCUGCACCGACCUGCCCUGGUUCCUGCUCUUCACCGUCUUCUGCGUCGGCAUGGGCAGCAUCUGCGGCUUCACCAUCGUCACCGGCGGCGCCGCUCGCCUUGUUUUCGGAUACGACAGCUAUGGCAACACGUGUGGUCAACGCAACGAGCAGAUCGAAGGCGUCCGACUGAGCGGCCUCGACCACACCGACAGGAAGUUCGUCUUCUUCCUGGAUCCCUGUAACAUUGACAUCGUGCAGAGGAAGAUAAAGUCCAUGGCUCUGUGUGUGUCUCUGUGUCCCAGCGAGGAGCUCAAGACCUACCAGGACCUCAAGAGGUUCGCCAUGCUCAACGGUUCGGAGUUGUGUUCAUACGAGUUAGCAGGUCAUAAAUAUCCCGGUCUACCCGAGAGGUUCUCUAAAUGUCCUAAACUUCCUGUUCCACCCAGUAAGCCGUUGCCAGUGUUUAACCGCUGCACUCCGGUGGACAUUUCCUGCUAUGCGAAGUUUGCGGAGGCGGUGGUGACGUUUGUGAGUGAUAACAGCGUUCUGCACCGACUGAUCGCCGGCGUCGCCGCCAGUAAAGAGAUCAUCAUCGGCCUGUGUGUGCUCGCUCUGGUCCUGUCCAUGAUCCUCAUGGUGAUCAUUCGUUACAUCUCGGCCGUCCUCGUCUGGAUCCUCACCUCGCUGGUCGUCCUUGGAUCCCUUGCGGGGACCAGUGUCCUCUGGUGGCUCUACAUCGACCACCGGCUGUACGGGAACGACACCACACCUAAAGUGAAGGAGGAGGUGAAGGAGGAGGCCAUCAGAGACAGCGGACAGGCACUGCUCGUCUACGCCGUCGCUGCCACCGUCUUCACCAUCAUCCUGCUGCUGCUGAUGCUCUUCAUGAGGAAACGAGUGGCUCUGACCAUCGCUCUGUUCCACGUGGCGGGAAAAGUCUUCAUCCACCUCCCCCUCCUCACCCUGCAGCCCUUCGUCACCUUCCUCGCCCUCCUGCUCUUCUGGAUGUACUGGAUCCUGGUCCUGCUCUUCCUGGGAACCAGCGGUCAGUUCAAACAUCACCGCUUUGUCUCUGAUCAGCUGAUCGGCUCAGACUUUGGUCUGAAUCACUUUCAGACCUGUUUAGAGUUUAAACACCAGAAACACAGAUCAGACUCUGUGACGCAAAAACAUGUUUAAACUUCUCCGUCUUAAAUCAGAACUUUAUUUAGUC